AUGGGCUUCUCUCAGGAAGUCACACUCGUAUUGACAUGCCCACCUUACUUGAUUGCGGGCGCAUUCUCCGUCGCAUGGGCCAUAUCAUCCGGCCAUUUCAACGAACGCACCUGGCACAUCACCAUUGCCAAAGGCGUGGCUGUCUUUGGCUUCGUGCUCGGCUGCGCGACUAUGAAUGUGGGCGCGAGGUACUUCGCCAUGUGCGUCUUUACCAUCGGCACGUAUGGCGUCAACAGCAUUAUUCUUGGAUGGGUGUCCUCAACCUGUGGGCAAACGAGGGAGAAGAAAUCUGCGGCGCUGGCUAUUGCCAACGUCGCAGCUACACUCAGCUUGAUCUGGACUCCCGUAAGUCUCGCAUCUUGA